GUGCCGGGCUGAGCGCAGGCGGUCCCGGCCCGGCUGGAGCUCCUGCAGGGAUCGGCUCCUGCAGCGCCCUGGCCCAGUGCCGCGGCUUGUGCCCUGUCCUCCCCGGGUGUUCUGACACCCUCUCGGUUCCCUGAGGGAAACACAAACAUGCGACAAGCAGGUUCACUUUGGGGUAACAAGCCAAGAGUGUGUGGUGGCCUCUGUAUAAAGCAGCUCUUCAGCCUGUGCUGGGAUUUGUUGUUCCUUUGCCAUAGGAAAGAUGUGUCCUUAUUAGAUGCCAGACCAGCUGCCCUCUGUGCUAAGCUGCAACCGAAAUGGCAAAGUACAGGCUGGUUCUCCUGAGGCACGGGGAGGGAGCCUGGACCAAGGAGAAUCGCUUCUGCAGCUGGGUGGACCAGAAGCUGAGCAGCGAUGGCAUAAAGGAGGCUCGGAGCUGUGGCAAGCACCUCAAAGCUCUGGGCUUCGAGUUCGACCUCGUCUUCACCUCGGUGCUGAGCCGCUCCAUCCAGACUGCCUGGCUGAUCCUGGAGGAGAUGGGCCAGGAGUGGGUCCCCAUCCAGAGCUCCUGGAGGCUGAACGAGCGCCACUAUGGGGCGCUGAUCGGGCUCAACAGGGCAGAGAUGGCUCUGAAUCACGGCGAGGAGCAGGUGAAGAUCUGGAGGAGAAGCUACGACGUUACCCCGCCUCCCAUCUCUGAAUCUCACCCCUACUACGCAGAGAUCUACAAUGACCGCCGCUAUAAAUGCAGUGAUGUCUCUCAGGAGAACCUCCCAAAGGCUGAAAGUCUCAAAGAUGUGCUUGACAGACUCCUUCCCUACUGGAAUGAAAAGAUAGUGCCAGAACUGAAAAGUGGCAAAAUGAUUCUCAUCUCUGCUCAUGGCAACAGCAGCAGGGCAUUGCUGAAGCACGUGGAAGGCAUCUCUGAUGAGGACAUCAUCAAUGUCACCCUCCCCACUGGUGUGCCCAUACUGCUGGAACUCGAUGAGAAUUUGCACCCUCUGGGCCCUCACCAGUUCCUGGGUGAUCAAGAAGCUAUCCAAGCUGCCAUCAAAAAAGUGGAAGAUCAGGGGAAAGUAAAAUCUGCCGAAAAGUCAAAUCCCAGUGUCUAGCACAGCUGUGUUCAGUGUGGUAGGAGUGACAAUGUGUGUAUGACUGCUAGGCUGUGCUGUGUGAAUGUCUCCCUUUGGAGCACUGAGUCACUGGAAGGGACAAUUGUUGAGCCUCAGGUUGGUAGCUUAACCCUCUGCCUUUUCAAAACCUGGAAUCUAGACUGAAGUGUGAGGUUUUACUGGAAAAGGAAGAGAUGAAUCAGGUAAUGGAAACUUGCAGGGCAGUCUGCCCCAGAGCCACCACUGAGGAUGGCCCAGUAGAGAAAUAAAGGGAUAUGUUAUUGGUGUCUACCAACCAUCAGUCCUAAUCUGUUCAGGAGAAAAGCACCAGCUUAAUGGACUAAUUGAAGUCCAGGAUGUUACAGGCACUAAAACUGUCACUGAGAAAAUGGAACCAGAUAAUUCUAUUAUCAGCUACUAUUUUUCUAUGUCACAAUAGCUGUGUCAACUUGUUCUCGAUGGAUUUCCUUCAGGCUUUCAGAACACUUCCAGCUGGAAAACUCUCUACCUUUUUAUUUUGGGUCUUCUGUGGCCAUUUCACGGUCCAGAGAAUUUUGUAGAGAUGUUCUGACUACUAGAGUUAUUGUAGUUGUCUUUUGUUACUCUGCAUUCAGUUUUUAAGGAAUCUAGAUGGAAUCCCUUCUCCUCCACCAUCUUUGCAAAGCCCAGCAUCACUGCAUUUUGCUGACUUGCAGUAGUAGGAUUUAAGUCAGACUUUAGUCCACAAAAGAAGCACAAAGGUUUUCUGCUCAGUGUUUAAAUUGUAGCUCCUAGUGUGAGACCUGAAUACCUUUGAAACACUUUGGUAACAUGUACUAGAGGUUUGAUCACCACUUAGUCAAGCUGAUAAAUAAUUCCUGCUCACCUCAGCAAAAGGGAUGUAGGAAAAACCCCUCCAAGCUUUCCUGAGCUGCAGAGGUAAAUGGCUUUCACAGUGACAUUGCUGUGGCAUUAUCAAAUUCUCUGAAGGGCUGGAAGAAAUGCGUGCAGCGUGUCAGAAGUGCUGGGUGCAGCUCAUUCAGCCAUCCUGCUGGUGAGGAAGGAUAUUCUGCCAUGCCUGAGGUGUUCUCCUGUAAACCUCUCCUCACAUCAUAGCUGGGUUCCUGCUGACAGUGGCCUUGCUGUUGUUUGGCUCAGGAUUUGACCAGUUCACCCCGUGGCUGGAUGCAGUGUGGCAGCCUGGUGUUCUCUUUAUGUACACAGGCACCAGGGUAAUUCCACUUUUGAAGACUUGCUCUUAAUCUUACUGCAAAUAUGAAACUUUUAAAAGGUUUAUCUCUGACCCACCUGUCUCAACAGCUGAGCAUCUUCUCUGACCUUGGAUCUCAACAUGGGUGACACCUGAGCUGAAUGUGUUCUCAGCAUGGCCCAGCUACAAAUCUCAGUGUUGAUGAGAAUUUCCUUGAUAAAGUUUUAAAAUCUGAGAGGAGCUGCUGCUUUGCAGUGAGCAGCUUGCUUUUGUAAGUGUGGGAGGAUGUUUUUCUCUUGAGGAGAGCAGUGUGACAGUGUGGUGUGCCUCUGACAGUCUUGCUGACAUGUAGAGCAAGACUCUGCAAGUCUGAUGCCAGCUCACAUUAGAGUAGCACAUAUUCCAUAAAAGACUUCUUGCUAGAAGGUGAUUUCUGAUGCAUGAAUGGUGCUUGGCCCUCUCUUUGGUUUUGUUUUUGUAGCCUUUGCAGUAGAAACAAAGUUACGUGUUUCUCUUUUAAACAUAAAGCUGGUAGGUUUCCUCUUUCUUUGUACAAGGGAGCUAUUUCAGUGUUUUUUGGCUGUUUUGUUUUUUAUUUCCUCUGAAGUGAUAAUAGCAGCUUCUCUGCUACUUUAUUUGAUACCAACUUAGUUUCUGAGGUUUUAGUUUUCUGUGCUUGGAGUAACUCUGAAUCCUAGUUGAUAGUUUAGAAGUGAGUGUUAGUGUUAGAUGCUGCUCAGCAAACGUUCACCUGUGAAAACCCUGAGAAGGGUCACUGGCACUCAAGUGAAUAAUUUCUUCCCCAAACAUUAAAUCGUGUGUGAAGCUUCAUCUCAAGUAAAUGUCACUGUGGACUUGUAAACAAGACCAGCAGAGCCACCUGUUGCCAGUGGGAGCUGUGUGCACCCAGGUGUGUGAGCACACAGGCCACAUCCAUAUCCUGGCACUGUGGAAUUGCAAUGGAGAACUUCAGGAUGUGACGCCCAGCUGGAAUAUACUUGGAAAUAAACCCCGCUGACUGGAAGAGAGGCUCUCUCCUCCCCAUCUCAGAGAACCCAUGAUCUCUUCUGUGGGUGCAGAGGGGAAAGGAAAGGUGGAUGAGGGAAUUUAGGAAAGCAUUGAUUGCAGCUGAAUGGAUGAUAUGGACUGGAAUCAUCCUUUGAGUCAUGGACAGGAAGAUGAGAACACCAGUGUGAUGUUUCCAGGAGGUGCUGUGAGAUGUGAACACAGACAGUGCUCUGGGAAGUUUGACUUUGUUUGCUUGGAUUGUGGCUCCAAAGUGAUGACAGGAUUUUAUGUGCACAUCUGACAGCAAUGACAACUCUCACAAGUAUCACAUGGAACCAACUGGAGAUUUCAUUGUGCUCUUUAAAAUUAUUUUAAUGCCUUGCAGUUCUGAGUAACCUUUUAAUUAAAAUCCUGAUUCAUAAACCAUGUAUAUUGAGGAACAGAAACCAAGUUCCAUCAAAGGUGGCAUAAGAAUUGGUGAUCUUCAGGCACAGCUACAUCAGAGGGAGAAAUGAGAAUCUUGCUUAGAGAUCAGUGGUUGGGAAGCACUUUUCCCUAUGUUUGAGUGUGCCUCAAAGACCUGUAAGGUAAAUAGUGUUUUUACAGUUAACAUAAUGGAUGUGGUUGAUUUGGUUUGUUUAUGCAUUUUUAACAUUGGUUUCAGUAGCAGUAAUAGCUCUAGACCCUCUUGAAAACCUUUGUAAAUAUGGUGGAGCUGUCAGGUUCUUUGUAACUCAAUAAAUUCACCUGAAAUGGAAUUUAA